UGUUAGCAAAUGCAUUAACUUAUUGUUUACAAAUGCUUGCGUCUCACUCAGUUACAGCUCGUUUAGUGUUUGCUGUAAGGCGAGCCGCACUGCGCAUGCGUACUGGAGGCCAUGUUGUUGUAGUUCAGUUUGACUGGACCGUCAUAUCCCACCGUUCCUGUAUGUCUCAGCGAUCAUCGCCCUACUCCCGUCUAUGACAACGGGACAUCGCUAUUAAACUGGUGGGAGCAAACGCCGAAUGGCACAAUGAAUUUAAGUUUGGAUCUGUCGCGGAAAAACCCACAGGAGGACUUUGAGCUGAUCCAGAGGAUCGGGAGCGGAACCUAUGGAGAUGUCUACAAGGCUCGUAACGUCAGCACUGGAGAACUGGCUGCUAUCAAAGUCAUCAAAUUAGAACCAGGAGAAGACUUUGACGUGGUGCAGCAGGAGAUUAUUAUGAUGAAAGAUUGUAAACACUCAAACAUUGUGGCAUAUUUUGGCAGUUACCUCAGGAGAGAUAAACUAUGGAUCAGUAUGGAAUAUUGUGGCGGUGGCUCACUCCAGGAUAUUUACCAUGUUACUGGGUCCUUGUCAGAAUCCCAGAUUGCGUAUAUGUGUCGUGAAACACUGCAGGGUGUUUACUAUCUCCAUAACAAAGGCAAGAUCCACAGAGACAUAAAGGGAGCAAAUAUUCUGCUGACAGACAAUGGCUAUGUUAAGCUAGCGGAUUUUGGUGUUUCGGCUCAAAUAUCAGCGACUUUAGCAAAGAGAAAGUCUUUCAUUGGAACUCCAUAUUGGAUGGCACCUGAGGUGGCAGCCGUGGAGAGGAAAGGGGGCUACAAUCAGCUCUGUGAUAUUUGGGCCGUGGGCAUUACAGCUAUUGAGCUAGCAGAGCUGGAGCCACCCAUGUUUGACUUACACCCCAUGAGAGCUCUUUUCUUAAUGACCAAAAGCAAUUUUCAGCCACCCAAACUGAAAGAUAAAGUCAAGUGGACAAAUAAUUUUCAUCACUUUGUGAAAAUGGCUUUGACUAAAAAUCCCAAGAAGAGACCAACCGCUGACAGAUUACUACAGCAUCCGUUUGUAACUCAGCCACUUAGCCGCACUCUUGCCAUUGAGUUGCUGGACAAAGCCAGCAACCCUGACCAAAGCACACAUAGUGAUGCAGAAGAGGAUGAACUUGAUCCAGAGUCACCUGUCUCGGUUCCACAUCGAAUCCGUUCGACUAGCAGGAGCUCACGAGACGGAAAGACUCUGUCUGAGAUCAACUUUGAUAAGGUGAAGUUUGACCCACCGCUAAAGAAAGAGACUGAACCACAUCAUGACAUGGAUCUGCCAUUAGAGCCACAGAGCAUUCUGGGAAAUAACAAGAGUCUAUUAAGAUCUGUUGCUGAGGAACUUAGUCAAAGGGGUCAUGUGACACAUUUAGAGGAUGAGGAGGAGGAUGAAGGUGAUGAUUUGCACGAUAACUCCACAUCAACCAUGAGGCCUAAAGUACCGCCCCCCCUACCUCCCAAGCCGAAGUGUCUGUCUCAGAGCAGUACAGCCUCAGAGGACAGUAGUGGAGAGGGAACUAUCAAACGUUGUCCACCUUCUUCAAGCUUCACCCCUCCUGCACGCCCAACUUCCUGUGUUCCUCCCAGACCACCACCUCCUCGCCUGCCUCCACACAGGCGUAGUAGUCUAGGUAGUGGACUUUCUGUUCAAGAAAAUGAAGAGAGAGUAAAACUGGCGUCUCUUCCUGCAUCUGGUUUACAGAAACCAAUCAGUAAUGGCCUGCCACCUACGCCUAAAGUACAUAUGGGAGCUUGUUUCUCUAAGGUGUUUAAUGGCUGUCCACUGAAGAUACACUGUGCAUGUUCCUGGAUAAACCCGAACACCAAGGAUCAGUAUUUGAUUUUUGGAGCAGAGGAAGGAAUUUAUACUCUGAAUCUGAACGAAAUCCACGAGAGCAGCAUGGAACAGCUGGUUUCACGGAGGUGCACAUGGGUGUACGUAAUGAACAACUGGCUGCUCUCUAUAUCAGGUAAAGCAUCUCAGCUAUACUCCUACAACCUGACAGGGCUCUUUGAGCAAGCACGACAGAUGCAGAAGUUACCCGUUGCCAUACCAACGCAUAAACUCCCAGACAAAAUCAUCCCUCGGAAGUUUACUGUGUCCAAUAAAAUACCAGAUACCAGGGGUUGUCAGAAAUGCUGUGUAGUGCGAAACCCAUACACAGGUCAUAAGUACUUAUGCGGAGCUUUCCAGUCUAGCGUAAUGCUGUUUGAAUGGGUGGAGGCUAUGCAACGCUUCAUGUUGAUAAAGAGUAUAGACCUUGCUCUGCCAUGUCCAUUAGAAGUCUUUGAGAUGUUGGUGGUUCCUGAGCAGCAUUAUCCACUGGUUUGUGUGGCAGUCAGUAAAGGGAGUCACCCCGAUCAGGUGGUCACAUUCGGCACUGUUGAUCCAAAUGCUGCCUUUCCUGCUUUUAUGGAGCCAGAAACGCCUCAGACAUGUGUGAUUCAUGUGACUCAGCUGGAGAGAGACACUGUUCUUGUGUGUCUAGAUCGGUGCAUCAAACUGGUGAAUUUGCAGGGCAGACUAAAAUCCAAUAGGAAACUGUCAACAGAACUUACAUUCAACUUCCAGAUAGAGGCAAUAGUAUGUCUUCAGGACAGUGUUUUGGCAUUCUGGAAACAUGGAAUGCAGGGACGAAGCUUUAAAAACAGUGAGAUUACUCAGGAGAUUUCUGACAACUCGAGAAUCUACAGGCUGUUGGGUUCAGACAGAGUGGUGGUGUUGGAAAGCAAACCGACAGAAGACCCAACAGCUCAAAGUAAUCUGUACAUCCUCGCGGGCCACGAAAACAGCUACUGAUAAUGCAGGCACUACUGACAACACACACUGCCUUAACACACAGUAAAGCCACACUACAUGUUGCACACUACAAAGUAUGUUACGGAGACAUAUACACCUCAUGUUCAUUUGUAAAACUACUGAACAAAAGACAAAGUAACUAAACGCUGCAAUUCAAAAAAAAGAACACUACAGAUUACGCUUGGCUUGAUACCAAAAUGUUGGCUUCGGUACGACACCAGCCCCUGGCAAAUCAGUAUUGAUGCUAAAUCGAUACCUUGAUGUUAAAUAUGGGUGAUUGAUUUGCAUAUCCUGUAUUUCAAUAAUUUACUAAACUAAUACCGCAAUUGAGAUUUACAUGAGAUCUGUCAUGUACAGGCAGAUAGGGCCAAUCUUUAAAUCUCGCAGAGUCAAAGACGAACUCAGCUUGGGUUUUAUAAUUUAAAGUCUGCCAUUUUGUGACCCUGUCUGUGAUUGACUGGUUCUCUGAUUCACUGUUUUCCACACAAAUAAUCCUACAUAACGUAAAUAACAUUCUGUGAAAAGAAAUAUAACCUUGAUGUAUUUAAUAUUGACUUUGUAGGUCAUGUCAAAAAUUGAAAUCAAUGUGAAAGCAAUGAUUAACCCCAUUCACACAGAACUUUGAAUCCCAGAAAAUUGCCGUAAAAUUGCCGGAGAGCCCUCUUUGUGAACACAAACACGUCCUGUAAAGAAUCACAAGCCAUUUUUUUGUUAAAAUGUAAAAAUAUGUACAAAACAUUACAACCAAUAUUCCCCACACCCUUAUUGAAGGUGCAAUUUUAGCAUGCGGACAAAAUCAAAAUAUCUGAAGAUUAAACGCCCACUCGAGAAGGGGCAGUAGCGACAGAAAAGGCAUAAUAAAACAGAUAAAUCAUAUAGGUAUGUUUGUUUUUCAUUUAGAAAGUUAUUUUAGAAUCUGUGCAACCUGUGUUCUCAUAUAUAUUUCAGACCUGGGAUGGCUAUUUCAAGCUGUUCAGAUUUGUUAUUACUAAAGCGCUAAUUUGACAAAGCAAAAUCACCACACCGCAGCUGCAUUAUAAAACUGUGACAAAACUAUCCCUUGCAUUUAAGAUCAAUGAAACAUGCGCCGUGAUGAUGCUUGGUGCAAAUUCAUAGUCGGAUUGAAACCCAAACUAAUAGCACCUGUCAAAAAGUUGCCCCAAGAAGAUGCUACGGACACAUUUAAUGUUGUUCUCCUGAGUCUGAUAUGAUGCUCUGCAGAAAAUAAAUUUGUGACGAUGAUCCAUGAGAAAAGGCAGAAACAAUGCAGUAAGGGGCAUGCCGUAGUGAGGACGCGUCAUUGUAACAAGUUUUUGUUUAGCUCCUUAAAACCUGGGAUCUAAAUGCAUAUUAACAUUCACACAAAAAACUGCAAACUGGACUGAAGUAGAGAUCAGGGAGCUCCUCACUAUCUACGCUAAAGUUGAGAUCAUUUACCAGUAUAACAGAACACCACGUCACACACUCCUUAAUGAUCUUAUAAUGAACAAAAAUGCAUGCACAUGGUUUUUCAAGAGAGAGAAAUCACAGACAAUAAGCAAACUUUCGAUUUCUGGAAAAAUCUACCAAGUGCUGGACUUAAAAUACGUCACGUCUUUACGGGAUCUUAAAAGGUACUCCACCUAUAUUGACUUGUAUGGCAUUAGGGAUUUACUAGGAGGUUGUCUAGGAGUCCGCCUUUUUUUUCUAACUACAUGACGUCAAAUGGUUACAGUCCAAACCCGUUCUCUGUUUUCUGUCAGAUGUGAAAAUGCCAAUAAAAUAAGCUGUCAAACAGAAGAUGAAUGAUAAUAAUUAGGGCUGGGCAUAGAUUAAUCUAGAUUAAUCUCAUACAAAAUAAAAGUAAUUUUUUGCAUAAUAUAUUGGUUUGUGCUGUGUGUAAAUGUUAUGUAUAUUUGAACACACAGACAUACAUAUAUACAAGAGGUCUAUGGAUCUGCCUUUUCAAAAUCUUGCUGGAUGAGCGCUGUUUUCAUCCUAAUACUACCCCCAAACAUAGCCCUAAAUCAGCUCAGGCACCACAGGGGCAAAGGGGGACAUGGAUCCCUUUGAUGAUUUCAGCUUCACUGUGGAUAUUUGAUGAGCUCCCUGAUCUCUGCUUUAAUCCAGUUUGCAUACAUUUCUCACCAUGAAUGUUAAUAUGCAUUUAAAACCCCAGUUUUGAGGAGCUGAACAAUAUAUCUUGUUGGGAUGAGCUUGGGCAUUUCUGUUUAUUUUAAGCACAAAUUAGCACGUGAUGCAAUAUUCUUUUAUGCUGCUUAAUGAUCUCCGUUUCAGCGCGGUAAGUGAUGAGAUAACUUACCUGAUAUCUGCUUCAGUCCAGUUUGCUGACAUUUCUCGUCGUGAAUGUUGUAUUGCAUGUAAAUCCCUCAUUUUAAAAAGUUGAACCAACUUCAUGUUGCCAUGACACGCCCAUUUCCUGAUAACCGCUUCAAUCUAGUUUGCAACAUUUCUCAUUGUGAAUGUUGAUAUACAUGUAAACCUCUCGUUUUAAAGAGCUGAACCAUAACUUUUGUUGUGAUGAGGAUCGUAUCCUAACUACGACCUUCUAACUACGAAGGUCCUCUUUCCGGCACGAUCUCAGAAGAUUUACGGGACGUGUUUGUGUUCACACAGACGCUUGUCUGGCGAUUUUACUGGUAUUUUCUGGGACCAAAGGUCUGUGUGAAUGGGGUUUUUGAUUGGAAGUAACAGCCAAAGGCAGUGGAAUGUGGCAUUGUAACUAAACACCUGUCGUCUGCCUGGCCAUGUGACGUCAUUUACCCAGAAUGCACUGCACGUAAACAGUAAUGGCGGCCUCCAUAUGUUAAAGUCGGGAUCACAUUUUGAGAUUUUUUUUAAAUAAUGAAAUUGUUUGUGUUUGUAAAAGUCAUUUAUGGCGUUCUACAGCAUACAAAACGUUACAGACGGAGUACCUUUUAACGGUGUGUGUGUGUGUGUGUGUGUGUGUGUGUGUGUUAAUGCACACACAGAUUCUGUAAAAUCAUUGGCAGUGUGAAUGAACCAAAAUCAAACAAUCAUGGACGGAUCCAGGGACACAUUUUCCGUGUAUUUUCCGUUAACUAUGUGUGUAAAGGGCUAUUGAAAUCCAACUUUGAUGCUCCUAAUUUCAUAAUUAGAUUGAGACUUUAGCCUGGAUUUCACAGACAGGGUCACAUUUUUCCAUGCAUUGUCCACUUUUGGUGCAAAAAAUUUGCUUAUUAAAUCCCUUAAGUGAUACAUGCAUUAGUUAAUUUCUAAACCCCCUAAAAUCUAACUUUGCUUUCUCAAUUCACACUAAACUGCCUGUUUGUACCAGGUACCAAAAUGAUCUAAAUGUUGGUAUUGUGCCGUUUUUAAGUUUUGGUACUGCUGUACUUUAAAUUCCAUUUAACCUUACAGAUGCAUUUUAACACAUAAAUGCAGUUAAUGCAAACACUACAGAGAAAUCUUGAUACACAACCACUGCAACAUCCGAUCAGUAUAACAGAAAGGUACCCUAAUGUCUAAAAGAUGAAACAGAUAGCCUGUUUUUAUAUCUGGCAUGACUGACAAAUGUAGGACCAUCAUGUUAGCUUCCUAGCCUUCAGUACUACAGUAACAAAUAGCUUCUCUCUGUGUCAUACUGUACUAAUAACUCCAGAUCUAAUCAUCUCAAUGUCUUCAUCUCUCUACCGUGGUCUUUUUCUCUUCUGACCUUUAGUGAUUAAGUCAGUGAUCCUCCAAUUUUAUGUCCCACCAGCUGAAGAUUUUCUUAUUAACAGCACAAGGACAGAUAGUGGAGCUUUAGUAAGGCUGUUUAUAUUGGUCCUGUACUAAAUGGUAGACCUAAUGUGUAUUUGCACACCUGUGAUUGCGGUCACAUCAAGGUGUCUGUGAAGUCCAUGAGACUGGUGUCUAUGAGAUAGAUGGCACUAUCAUAUCCUGAUGUUAUGCUGUCUCUCAUGUUAUUCAAACUGAGGAAAACUCCAACAGGGAUGCUUGUAUUGACCUUCACACUGUUGCUGUCGUCUCCCACAGUCUUGGUAGAUUUAACAUUGAUUGACUAAAUUAAAUGCAUUCAGUAACUAAAACUAUUCAGAUUCCUCAGAAAACUAUUGAGACAUUUCUUUUUAGUCUAAUUUAACAUCAGUUCUUCAAGUACUAUGGUAGUAUUAUGGUACCAGUUUCAGAAAUUACAUUUUACAUUAGGGGCAAGUCUGCCCUUUAAAUAGGAUUUUUAGUUUUGUUUUGCCUGUAUAAAGGGAUAUGUUCAUAUUAAAUAUGUUGCUUUAUUAUAUUUGGCGAGUCAGGGAUCUGAAAAAAUCACUUUCGCCCCGGUUCUCCCCUAAUGAAAAUCAAAAGAAGUGAUUAAAAAAAUUUAAGGAAAUUUUGGUUACUUCUAAUGGUCUUAUUUUUCUCAAGUUCCCCUUAAUUUCUGACCCUGCAUGGUACAGUGAUGGUAUCAGACUAUAAUACCUUGGUACUUUGAUGAUAUUGAAUUAUUACCAUAUUCAUAUACCAUGGUAUUUAUAUGGUAUAUGUCCAGAAAUGUAUGUGAUUACCAGGGUAGCUUAACUAUGUUAAUAUGAUUGUCUCCCUCUGUAAAUUUGUAAUUUAGCGAAACAGCAUUAUGUUUAGUCUUGUCAUGGCCCACAUUCAUGAAAAUUGAGAAAAUUUAGUGACCUGAAAGGCUGUUUUAUUUUAAUAUUUAUAACAACAAGCCAAGUGUCAUAUUUAUGUUAAUUACCAAGCACUGUUAUUGAAGGUUUGCACAAUACGUUUUAUUCAGAUGUGAGUGUGUUAUUGAGCAAAUACACAUUUCUGGUCACUGUAAAUAUGAUAGAAAGAACACAAUGUCAUAUGAAUGCAGUAUAUACAAAUCAUUAAUAUGAAAGUUGAAAGGUUUUUCUAGAAUGUAGCUGUCGUUUCUGUUAACAUUCAUAGCAUUUCCAUCUGUGCGAUAUAUCUGAACACUAGAUGUUUUUUUCUUCAAAAUAUCAGUCAUGUUUUGUUUAACUAAAUGGGUAAAUUAAGCAUGUCGUCUCUACCUCUAACAUGCCUUCGUAAACUUUAGAUCUAUUGAACAUUUUUAAACCUUGAUAACUGAUUAAUGUCCAUGUUACAGCUUUUUAGUUAUAGAUGUUGUUAAGACCCAGAAAAAAACAUGUUUGAGGCACGUCUACAAUAACAUUUUAUCUAUGUUUGAAAGUGUCACACACGUAAUAUCUGAUGCUUUAAAUUCAGAGUGUGUAAACCAUUAACAGACUAUUUCAAAUCCACUACAACAGAGUUCUCUUUAUGUUAUACACAUGUUUUGUAUAUAGUGUAAAAUAAUUUGAGUUUUACAGACUGUAUAAAGCCAAUAUUUUGUUUCAAAUGUGAAACUCUUUUAUGAGAUUUAACACAAUAAACUAAGGUGAAAAAGUUACUGAAUGGUU